AAAAGACCUGCGAUUGCUAUUCUUUCAUCAUAACAAAGUGUUUUGAUAGCUAAGGCUGGCAUCCUCAGAGGGCGCCCCAUUUGCUAAACUGGCCAGCUAGGAGACUGCUGCUUUGUGACUUUCCCGACUUUAGCGUUAAUAUUCCUCGGUCUCCCCUCCCAUCAUCGGCGCACGUGGUUGGUGCCGCAGUGUAAUUUCCUUUGUCGUCCUCAAGCUGCGCGUGGGCUGGAGCGCCGUUUGCAAGAAAGAAGAAAGGCCAGGGGAGAUUGCCCGCUUGUGCAACGGGCGCUUCUCUCCUACGUAGAAUGGCCCCCAAAGGGAGGAAGAGGAAGGCAGAGGCACCUCGGGCCAAGACUGCAACAUCUGAAGGAGUGGAGAUGAAUGUUGCUGAGGAAUCGCCCAAGAAACCGAAGAAGGAUGAAGAAUUGGGCUUUCGUGUGAUCAUUGAGCAUUGUAAAAGCUGACGAGUCUAUGGGCGCAGUGCCGAUGCAGUCAGCGAGGCACUGCACCAGACCUUCCCUGACAUCAUGGUGAUGGUGAACCCUGAGAAACCGCGCAGGAAUAGCUUUGAGGUUGCUUUGUGGAAAGAAGAUGGCACCAAGGUGGAGUUAUGGAGCGGCCUCAAGAAAGGGCCACCACGGAAGCUCAAGUUUCCCGAACCAAACAAGGUGGUUGAAAUGCUGAAGGGCAACCUAGAAUAAAGCAAACAACUGGGCAGGAUUACCAAUGCACAGCCGAUGAACACUUCGUCCUGUGUGAGAGGUGGAGCAUCCAUGACGGGAUAUGAUUAAGUGGGGUAAAUAAUGAAACUCCAGUCGCAUCUCUGAAGCUGCUGCCCCUCCUCCACGAAAGGAAAAACCUAUCAGCUGCUUGUUUCCUGAUCCCUUUACCGUUUUGCUUUGUUAGUCAUUUGGGGAUGGGCAAAUACUGUUUUUCAAUAAAGUUUUAACUGUU